AUGGACUCUGAGGUCAGUGCACUUGAAGAAAAUGCCACUUGGACUCUUGAGGACUUACCACCGGGAAAACGGGCUAUUGGUAGCAAGUGGGUCUACAGAAUCAAGUAUAAUUCCGAUGGCACCAUUGAACGCUACAAAGCUCGCUUAGUAGCUCUCGGCAAUAAGCAGGUCGCUGGUGAAGACUAUGGUGAUACAUUCGCUCCUGUAGCCAAAAUGGGUACUGUUCGUUUAUUUCUCAAGGUUGCUGCUUGGAAUGCUUGGCCGGUUUAUCAGAUGGAUGUCCACAAUGCCUUCCUCCACGGUGACCUCCAAGAAGAAGUCUACAUGAAACCUCCUCCAGAGGUUUCUCGCAACAGUACUAAAUUCUAUCUCAGUCAACGAAAGUUUGCACUAGAUAUUCUCACAGAGACAAGGCUUUUAGCUGCAAAACCGGCUCCAUUUCCGUUAGACCAAGAUCAACAUCUGGCUCUCUCUACUUCUCCUAUACUCUCUGAUCCAACGCCAUAUCAUCGGUUGAUUGGUCGCAUGAUUUAUUUGUCAACAACGAGACCGGAUUUGACCUUCACAGUUCAUACUUUAGCACAAUUUAUGAAGACUCCUCGUACAGAUCAUUGGGAGGCUGCUCUUCGGGUUGUCCGCUAUCUCAAAGGUACUGUUGGUCAAAGAAUUCUUCUCAGUUCUGCAAUUGAUUUUCAGGUUAAUGGAUGGUGUGAUUUAGACUACUCGCGAUGUCCUAUUACUCGCCGCUCUGUCACGGGUUAUUUUGUUCAGCUCGGAGAAUCUCCUCUCUCGUGGAAGACUAAGAAGCAAGACAUUGUUAGUAAGUCAUCUGCGGAAGCUAAAUAUCGUGCUAUGUCUCACCUACGUGACGAACUCCUAUGGAUAAAGAAUGUUUUGCAGUCCUUGGGUGUUUCUCAUCCUUAG